CACUUUGCAGCAGGAAGCUGUUACCAGGGCAGUGCCCAGGAAGGCUUGCCUUGGCUUCAGAGUGUGCUGGUGAGAUGACUUCAAAGUUCUUCAUGAAGAAGAGGGGCAGGCUGUGCCCUCGCUUUGGGAGAUACCACUUGCUGGCAGAGCCAGAGGCAGCAACAGCUUCUUCCCAUGGAUGUGCAGCAAAUGGCCCACAUGGGCCCUCGGAAGAAGAGAGCCAGACAAAUGGGCACAUCAGUGGCCUCCUCUCCUCAUGACAUCAAAUUUCAGGAUUUGGUCCUCUUCAUUUUGGAGAAGAAAAUGGGAACCACCCGCAGAACCUUUCUCAUGGAGUUGGCUCGAAGGAAAGGGUUCCGAGUUGAAAAUGAGCUCAGUGAUGCCGUCACCCAUAUUGUGGCAGAAAAUAACUCUGGUUCAGAUGUUCUGGAAUGGCUUCAAGUACAGAAAAUAAAAGCCAGCUCACAGCUGGAACUCCUGGAUGUCUCCUGGCUGAUUGAAUGCAUAGGAGCAGGAAAACCAGUGGAGAUGACAGGAAAACACCAGCUUGUUAUGGGAAGAGACUCUUCAUCCAGCCCCAACCCAAGCCCCCAGAAGACUCCACCACCUGCUGGAGAAAAGAUCUCACAGUACGCAUGCCAAAGAAGAACCACUUUAGCCCACCAUAACCACAUAUUCACGGAUGCCUUUGAGGUAUUGGCUGAAAAUUUUGAGUUUAGAGAAAAUGAAGGGUCUUGUCUGGCAUUUCUGAGAGCGGCUUCUGUGUUGAAAUCUCUUCCAUUCACAAUCAUCACUAUGAAGGACACAGAAGGAAUUCCCUGCCUGGGGGACAAGGUGAAGGGCGUCAUAGAGGAAAUCAUUGAGGAUGGAGAAAGUUCUGAAGCUAAAGCUGUAUUAAAUGAUGAACGAUACAACUCCUUCAAACUCUUCACUUCCGUAUUUGGAGUGGGAUUAAAGACAUCUGAGAAAUGGUUCAGGAUGGGUUUCAGAACUCUGAGUAAAAUAAAAACAGACAAAACCCUAAAAUUUACACGAAUGCAGGAAGCAGGAUUUCUCUACCACGAAGACCUCGUCAGCCGUGUGACCAGGCCUGAAGCAGAUGCAGUCAGUGUGCUGGUUAAGGAAGCUGUGUGGGCAUUUCUGCCAGAUGCCUUCAUCACCAUGACUGGAGGGUUCCGAAGGGGUAAGGAUGUUGGGCAUGAUGUUGAUUUUUUAAUUACCAGCCCAGGAUCAACAGAGGAAGAAGAGAAACAACUUUUACAUAAAGUGAUGAACUUAUGGGAAAAGGAGGGAUUGCUUUUAUACUACGACCUUGUCGAGUCCACAUUUGAAAAGCUCAAGUUGCCUAGCAGGAAGGUGGAUGCUUUGGAUCAUUUCCAAAAAUGCUUUCUGAUUUUAAAAUUGCACCAUCAGAGGGUGGACAGUGGCAAAUCCAGCCAGCUGCAAGGAAAGCCCUGGAAAGCCAUCCGCGUGGAUCUGGUCAUGUGCCCCUUUGAGUGCCGAGCCUUCGCCCUGCUGGGCUGGACGGGCUCCCGGCAGUUUGAGAGAGACCUCCGGCGCUAUGCUACGCAUGAGCGGAAGAUGAUGCUGGAUAACCAUGCUCUGUAUGACAAGACCAAGAGGAUAUUUCUGAAAGCAGAGAGUGAAGAAGAAAUUUUUGCACAUCUGGGAUUGGAUUACAUUGAACCCUGGGAAAGAAAUGCCUAGAAAAAAGCUGUGGACUUUUUUUUUUUUUUUUUUU